GGGCAGUACAUCAUUCGGAGAACAUUAAUAACAAACAAUAUUAUUGGAAUCAGGUUCCGCAAGUUUUUUUUUAAUCUAUACGGUACUCAUGGAAUUCUACAGUGGCAUGAUGACUGGGUGCUGCCAGUGCUGGAGGCAAAUUCAUACAUGAUACAAGAAGCAAUACCCGGUAGGCUAGUACAGUAAAAGAAAUCAACUGAACAAAGGUAAACAAAAUUCUGGUGAAUACUAGCAUGAUUGUUUCUUCCACAGUGCAGAAAAUUGAAUAUUAAAAGUUUGAAUAUUAAAAGUCAAUCAAUUUGGGAGGGAAGCUGUGGAACAAAUCACAAGAUCAAGCAAUCCUGGCAAUGGCAAGGAGGAAAGCUGACAGCACAUCAACUCUAGGUGCUGGCAGGUGACAGGUCAGAAGAGAGCAUGAGUUUUUUGAAUUUUAAUUCAAAGAUGUCAUCAGUGGUGUGUGGAGUCACGUAGACUGAGGGGAAUACUUCUCCAAAUUAGUACACCUUUUUUAUUUUAGGGAAUUUUGUGUUAUGCCUAGGGAAAAACGUAGUACAAAAAGAUUAGACGUAGUCGAGGAUCGGGUAUUGUGCUAUUGGCAAAAGCUGCGGGUAAAUUAUUGUUGUGGUAUUGGUGCAUAAUCUAGGAGACCUCUAAUUUGUAGAUGUCGGACAAUUUCAGAAUUUUAGCACCCUGGUCUUAUGGUAUAGAAUGUUUAAGUUGGAACGAAAAGGAGCUCUAGCGAGAGUUCUAACAGCUCUAUUUUGAAGAACUUUUAAUUUAUGCAAAUUUGCUUGGGAGGCAGCCCCCCAAGCAGCUACAGCAUAUUGUAUAUAUGGUUGGAAAAGGGCAAAGUAUACGGUUCGAAGAGUUGCGUCAUGUAUAUAAUGCUUGAGCUUUCCUAGAAUACCUACUGAUCUUGAAAGUUUCCUAUGUAUUUCAACAGUGUGGGUGUUCCACUUUAAUUUGUUGUCAAUAAUGAGCCCUAGAUAUUUGUAGAAUUGACAAUUUCGAGCGAGAUUCCAUUAAUUCUGAUUGAGAUAUUUGCGUGUCUAGUGCGAGUUUUCGGACUGAAUAACAUCAUUCCGUUCAUCUAUCUACGGUAUCUAGAAGAGUCCUUCAAACUAAACACACUGUCAUCCAAGACGAGCACCCGAAAUCGGACAUCUAAUUCUCUCGUUUUUUCGUCGCAACGAUCCCGAUGGACGAGAGAUUGCCGACGUCAGUUACUUCUUUAUCGUCGGCGCCAAAGCCAUUUAGGGCGAUCGUACUUAUAUCUGGUAAGCUCUAUGACGUGAUUGUGAUGCCGUAGUGACGUAAUUUUUGGAUGGUGUAGUCAGGUGGGGGUUAGGAUUGACAUGUGAAAAAAUUGUAUUGCUACGUUCACUAGAAGUAUGUUAGGUAUAAAACUACAUGAAAUCCAAAACUGGAAAUAUCGGUACCGUGCAGCACCGGUACGGUACUUUAAAAAUAAACUAAUAACAGAAUUUUUAACCCUUCUGCUCUACAGUUCUAGGGUGCCGUACGGUACCGGUAUCUAUAUAGCAGUAUAGGCAAAUACUGAAAUAUGGGCAAUUCUGUGGCGAAAUUAGCUGCAUUAGAUAUUGGAAUCCAACUCCUUGCAUUUCUUCCAAGUUCUUAUUUCAAGACUGAAAGGUUUUACGAUUUAGUGGGUUCAAGUACCUUCCUAUGUCUUGGAAGAUUGGGACUUUAUUUCAGUCAGAAUACAUUCAGACAAAAAUUUCAAGCAAACCCUGUAUCUGCAUGGGCAAUUGGGCUUGGAUUAUUUAUUUUUUAUCGGUUUUCGAAUUAUGGUGUCAAUAGAAGGUUUGAUGAAGUUCAAGGGAAUCCAUCCGUAUUUUUACAGUAUUGGAUGCUUCAAGGUGUAUGGGUAUUCCUGACUAUGUUACCUUUUCUACUAAACAAUGCAAUUGAAGACAGUCUUGUACCAACAACUCUAGACAAACUAGGUUGGGGAAUGUUCAGGGUUGGAUUUUUAACUGAAGUAAUCGCUGAUUAUCAGAAGUUUACAUUUCGAAAGAAUCCUGAAAAUUCUGGUAAAUUUAUCUCCCAUGGACUUUGGUCGAUAUGCCGGCAUCCUAAUUUGUUUGGUGAAACAUUACUUUGUUCUGGAUUGACUGUGACGGCUUUUUCUUCAUUUAAAAAUUGGGAAUGGUGGAGUAUAAAUAUUCUUUCGUUCACUUGUUACCUUCAAACAAGAGUUGAUGAAAUCCCUACGUUGGAACAAAGUGAAUUGAAUACAUGCGAUAAUCUGUCAGCAUAUCGGGAUUAUAUCAAGACCGUACCUAAGUUGAUUCCCUUUCCUUGCAAAACCCUAAGGUGGAAAUAGUACUUAAUUCUUCUAAUUUUUCAUAUUUAUGGUGAAAAAAUUUGGGAAAUGAGCCAAUCAUUUAAUACAAUCAAGUUAUGCAAUUUAAUUUAUAUAUUCUAUAAAAUAGAAUUUUUAUUUCAUUUUUUUUUCGGGGGAAAAGGGUAGCCGAUAAGACGGCUAAAUCGAAUGUUCCGUUGUAACGAACAUGAAUAUUCUGUAGUGAUAAUCGGCUGAAGAAAUAUUCGAAUAUUUUCUGUCUAAUAAAAUAUAUAUUCCUAAUGGCAGAUUCGUGUAUUUUGCUUUUUCCGGAUGUGACAUAUGACCUGAAUUGCCAGCAUUUUGUAAUCGGUACUUCCACUACCUUUAUUCCGUGCUAUGGUUUAGUCACUGGUGCUAAAGAUCAAGCAUCAAUUUUGUUCCGUUCCGUAUUUUGCUUUUCCCGGAUUGAUUUACACGCUAAACCUA